AUGGCUGAUGUUACAAAUUACACCUUCAUCGCGGCGGAAACUUUCCUCGAUGAGACGCACCGAACCCCCAUUGAUAUUGCAAAAAACGAUAGAGAUGAUAUUGUCUGCGCUUCGAACAAGAUCAAAGGCCACAAUGUCGUGAUCGCCGUCUCACUCAGCGGGGAGUAUAAGCCAGAUUCGGCAGCGGUAGUGGCUCAAGGUACGCUGAGCAGAUUUCCCAAUAUACGCAUUGGGCUUUUGGUCGGUGUUGGCGGCGGCUCACGUUACUCGAGGCACGGCAUACAACUCGGUGAUGUUGUGGUUGGCAGUCAUGGAGUCUUCCAGUUUGGCCUCAGGAAAUCACUCCAAGGCGAGGAUUCUUCUUUGGAGCAACCGGUAUCCUUGAAUCAACCGCCGGUAGCGAUUCGAUCAGCUGUCUCCAUCCUCGAUCUUGAGUACAAACAAGACGAUUAUCGCCUGCAUUGGAAGAUCAAAAGAGCGCUCGGAGGGUGGCCGUAUUUGCAAGAUUAUGCGCGGCCCCCUUCACAUAGGACUACAGGAGACGAUCAUCACAGUGCGCUUCCUCGUGAACAAGCUCAUCUCGUAAAGUUGGCGGAGAGAGAUAGUUCCAAAAUUCACCACGGCCGGAUUGCUAGUUCGAACCGGAUCAUGAACAAUGCAACUGCCGGGGCAUUUCCCGGCGACCUAUGCUUCGAGACUGAGGCAGCUGGUCUAACAGACCGUUUUCCAUGUCUGCUACUCCGCGGAAUCUGUGACUACUCUGAUGCAUCUAAGCACAAGGGAUGGGAACGUUUCGCAGCCGUGGCGGCGGCUGCUUAUGCAGCGGACCUGCUACGCUCCAUAAAGCCUCAAACGAUUGAAACCGAGAAGCCAAUCCUGGGCAUCCUGGGUCAAAGUCAGUAUAUUAGUCCGAGUUCAAAUGGCACCAUCUAA